AUGUUAAGGCUGCACGUUGCUAUGCUGUUGCUUUUUGCAGCGGCGACAAGCGAACGAGCGCUCACUGUGUAGUUCUAGUUACCCAGACUGGAGAGGAGACAGCCGUGGCGAAGGAGUGUGGUUUCAAUGCCGAAGACUGGAUAGACACUGCUUUCGUCUCGCAGAGAAUUCUAUGUUCGUCAACAUUAGACGCGUUUUGGAAUUUGUCGGAAUGACCGAGUGGUCCCUGUGAUCGUCGUCUUUUCUUCAGUCAUACCGUGGGGGAUUUGUUCGUUGUCGUUUUGAGGUACACAAGCAAGCCAGCCUGCCAGCAAGCAAACCAGUCAGUCAGCGAGCCUGGAGGCCCCCCUAUGAAUCUCUAUGCGGACUCGGACGACAAUGAUGUGGUUUCAGUGGUUCUGCAGUGGAUGAACUGAACUGGAUUUGUUCCUCCCAUUCUGUGUUUUGUAAUCAUCAUCUUCACAAUUUUGCUCUCAAAAAACUGUACUCUCCUGGAGCGGUAUAUGAAGACCUUGUGUGCACAGUAAUGAGCGCACGCUUCCGAUUGCCCGCUGGCAGAAACUACAAUGUCCGCGCAUCGGAGCUGGCCAGGGAUGGGCUGCACGCUGAGCUGGUCUGCAACCUUCUGCUGCUGGACAACAGUCUGCAGACCUUCAAAGUCAAUAAGCACGACCAGGGCCAGGUGCUGCUGGAUCUAGUGUUCAAGCAGCUGGAGCUCACGGAGAGAGACUACUUUGGCCUGCAGCUGGCCGACGACACCUCCGACAGCCAGAGGUGGCUGGAUCCAAACAAGCUCUUAAGGAAACAAUUGAAGCGAGGAUCUCCGCAUAAUUUGCAUUUCCGGGUCAAGUUUUUUGUGAGUGACCCAAGCAAACUUCAAGAGGAGUACACAAGGUACCUGUACUUUUUGCAGAUCAAGCAGGACAUCCUCUCUGGAAGGUUGCCCUGUCCACACAAUACUGCCACUCUCCUAGCCUCUUAUGCUGUGCAAUCUGAGCUGGGAGAUUACAACCACUCGGAGCACUUGUCAGGCUACCUGUCGGAGUACAGCUUCAUCCCCAACCCCCCACAGGACUUCGAGAAGGAGAUCGCCAAGCUGCACCAACAGCACAAUGGUGUUACUCCGGCGGAGGCUGAGUAUAACUAUCUGAACACGGCACGGACACUGGAGCUGUACGGGGUGGAAUUGCACUAUGCAAGGGAUCAGAGUAGCACUGAGAUUUUAAUUGGGGUGAUGUCUGCUGGGAUUGCCAUUCACAAGAACAGGGUACGAAUCAACUACUUUCCAUGGUUGAAGAUUGUAAAAAUAUCUUUUAAAUGUAAACAGUUUUUUAUCCAACUCCGAAGAGAACCGAACGAGAGUAGAGAGUCGUUGCUGGGCUUCAACAUGGUGAGCUAUCGAGCGUGUAAGAACCUGUGGAAGGCCUGUGUGGAGCACCACACCUUCUUCCGCCUGGACCAGCCUGUGCCGCCGCAGAAGAACUUCUUUGCACAUUACUUCUCCUUGGGCUCCAAGUUCCGUUACUGCGGGAGAACAGAGGCACAGUCGGUUCAAUAUGGGAAAGAGAAAGGCAUCAAGAAUCGUGUGUUUGCCAGGUCUCCCAGCAAGCCCCUGGUGCGUAAGCUGAUGAGCGGGAUGGACUGGGAGACGGUGAGCCGUGCGUCGCUCUCAGACGAACGGCUGGAGACCCAGAGCCUGCCCACACGAUCCCCACCCGGCACCCCCACACAGAACUCCAUGUUUGCACAAGAGGGCACGCGAGUGCGUCCGUCAUCAGUGGGCCACCUCGUGGACCAUGUGAUCCACCCCUCCCCCAGCCAGAACUUCACCAAUCACAAGUCGGCAUCCUCCACACAGGCCAAUAGCAUCAGCCUGGACUCCACACCGUCUCCUGACGUGGAUGGCCUGCCCCCAGCCCUGCCCCCUAAACAACGCCGCAGCCAGCUCAGCCGCUCCCCCUCGCAACAGGAACUGGACAACAACCAUGUCAACGAGCUGUACGACACGCCAGCACCCACAGACAAGAGCAUGCUUAAUGGAGUGGUUCCCCAUGACAACCUCGUUCUGAUCAAGAUGAGGCCAGAUGAGCACGGGCGAUUCGGCUUCAACGUCAAGGGUGGUCUAGAUCAGAAGAUGCCCAUCAUUGUGUCACGGGUGGCCCCUGGAACAUCGGCGGACCUGUGCGUGCCGCGGCUGAACGAGGGGGACCAGGUGGUGCUGAUCAACGGGCGCGACAUCUCGGAGCACACGCACGACCAGGUGGUGUCCUUCAUCAAGGCCAGCUGCGACAGCAACGCCGGGGAGCUCAUCCUGCUCGUGCGGCCCAACGCCAUCUACGAUGUGGUGGAUGAGCGUCUGGACUCGGAGCCGGACUUCCAGUACAUUCCGGAACAGGCGGGCGGCGAGCGCUCCACGCUGGACCCAGACGCCUGGAGAAGCUCCAUGCUGCAGCUACGAGAUGGACUUGGCAGUGGGCACCUACUAGCACAGUUUGAUCAACUAUACCGCAAGAGGCCUGGAAUGAGCAUGUCUUGUGCCAAAUUACCUCAGAACAUUUCCAAAAACAGAUACAGGGACAUCUCGCCAUAUGAUGCAACCCGAGUCAUCCUGAAAGGUGCAGAAGACUACAUCAAUGCCAAUUACAUCAAUAUGGAGAUCCCAGCGUCUGGUCUGAUAAACCGCUACAUCGCGUGCCAGGGUCCUCUGCCCAACACCUGCGGCCACUUCUGGCAGAUGAGCUGGGAGCAGGGCUCAUCGCUAGUGGUCAUGCUCACCACACAGGUGGAGAGAGGCAGAGUGAAGUGCCACCAGUACUGGCCCAAUCCCUCGUCCACGGGCACCUAUGGCUCCUACCAGCUCAACUGUCUCUCUGAGGAGGGCAAUGGGGCCUUCACCAUCAGAGAGAUGACCCUCACCAACAAUGAGACCCAGGAGGAGAGGCCUCUAACCCAGCUCCAGUACAUGGCUUGGCCGGAUCACGGGGUGCCAGACGACUCGACCGACUUCCUGAACUUCGUGGCCUUGGUGCGGAGCAAGAGGGAGGCCAGGGAGCAGCCUGUGGUGGUGCACUGCAGUGCUGGGAUUGGUCGUACGGGUGUUCUGAUCACCAUGGAGACGGCCAUGUGUAUGAUGGAGAGCAGCCAGCCGGUCUACCCCCUGGACAUCGUCAGAACCAUGAGGGACCAGCGGGCCAUGAUGAUACAGACCCCGAGCCAGUACCGGUUUGUGUGCGAGGCCAUUCUGAAGGUGUACGAGGAGGGGCCGGUGACUACUCCACAGCCCUCCCCUGUAGAGGAGGAACCAGAGACCCCCGUCGACCAGAACGAGAACCAGAGCCAAGAGGCCAGCGACUGACCCGAACCAACCCAAACUCCAACCCCAACCCGACCCUGUCACCCAGAAGAACCUGGAAUCCGGAACCAACCCUGACACCCGGAACCCAGAAUGGAACUAGACCCAGCCCGUCCUGACCUGAAACAACACCAGAACCCUGACACCCAGAACCUGGGACACGGAACGGGACUAGACCCAUCUGGGGGCAGUUCCACCCCCAGGUUACUUAGCUAUAGCCCCGGGGGUGUCUACCGCCACUAAGGGGGGUGACCACUGACUAACCUGCCUACAGCUCCCCCCAGAGUACAGCUGAGGGAGUGCAGACAAUGACUGGAAAUAAGGGGUUGGUGGUGGGGGGGCGGGGGGAGACACAAACAAAAAAAUCUAAGCACUGAUGCACUUUAUGUUAACAAGAGAGAAAAAGAACAAGAAACCGUGAUAUGUGGAGAUUUAUGUUUAAAAAAACUUAUGUGGAUUUAGAGGAAAAAAAAUACAUAAGGUUGCAUAAUUUGGUAUUUUCUAGACUUUAACAAGCUUUUCAGGUGGAUGACGUUCAGUUGUGUGUGUGGACUUCGCUGUAGUGCCAUAUUGAUAUUGAUAGGACAAAAAUGCCCACUGAUCAACCGCCAGAGCAAAAUCUGACAAGACUUCUCAGCCCCCAUGCACAGCUGUGGCAGAUUGUCUACUUAAAAAGGAUAUUUAUUCUUUAUUUUAUUUGUGUAAAAAGACAGAAACAAAAAAGGCUACAGAUUCUUUAUUUGUUUUUUGUUUAUUUCUCAUGGUGACAUACUAAGUUGGGGUUGUGUAGAAUUAGUUGUUUUUUAAUUAUUAUUAUUUGUGACUUAUUUCCACCCCCACCCACCCCCACAUGCAUACCAGUGCUUACUCAUGACCAUGUGACCAUGUGUGGGUGCAAGGUGGGAGAUCACAUGACCACAUGGGUAUGAUCAUAAUGGUCACAUGACCUUGAGAUUGGACUAGUAGCCAAUGGCCACGUUUGUGGUUGAGCAGACCUGAUACGGUUCAGCGUUAUCACAUAGACAGGCUUUCAAGAGAUCAGUGGUGCUGCACACUGUACACUGUGCAUACACACACAGUGGUCCGUCGCAAACAUACCUAUUCAAACAUGCACACCACAAUGGCUACUGUGGGAUACACAAAAUUAACAUCCAUUUACCGCUCGCUUUGUCAAUACUGUUCCCAGAUGGCAGAGCAAAGCUACAGUUAUGCUACACAAUGCUUUGACUACGGCUGUGAAUUGGAACUGUUGCAUCAACCCUGGACACCCCCCAUCUUGGUAUAAGGGUAACAUUGCUUGAAUGGACAUCAUUUGGAGACAAGACGUGAUACAAGUCAGCUUGUAGGUGACAGUUGUACGAUAUCUUUGCCGGUACUAUGAAAAGACACAAAACCCUCAUACUGUACCAAGAUGGUGGCUCCCUGUAUUGGCGCAUGCAAAGAGGCUGAACGAGUCAUCUAGUGUUCUCGCCAUGCCAUCUUACAGCAGACCGCAACCAAUGACGUGCCCAUGUCUAUGGUUACAUGAUGCAUAUCAAUCAUCACAUGGUCUUGCAUUUUGAAUGGACAUUUAGUCACACAAUCGCCAUGUUAGUGAAGCUGCAGAAAGGAUCAAAUCUGUGCAGCACACAUGUGCAAUGAAAAACUACUGUGCAUUCUUAGUUUGAAAUUGUCAUGUAGGCGUGCACGUUGCAUCAAUCUGGACCCGGCAUUCUCGAAAGCAUUGUCGCUAACCAGUUAGCGGCUUAGAAGGUUGCCAACGGGAAAUUGUAUUGCAAUCAAGUAAGUUGCUAGCUUGGUUAGCAAUGACAAUGCUGAGAACUGCCCCUGCUCAGUUUUAGUUGUUUCUGCAGCAUCACGAACACUGUGAUUGGUGUGCCGGCCAGAUUGUGGUCAUGUGAUCAUGGUUUGCGUGGGAGCAAGAUCUCCACUAGAGGAGAUUGAUUGGGCUGUUUAUGGGUGGAGCCUGUCGCUCUGCUAUUGUUUUCCUUUUGAACUGGACUGGAGACUUGGAGUCUCCUCCCACUCUCAUACGUAAACACACACACACACACACACACACACACACACACACACACACACACACACACACACACACACACACACACACACACACAUCCCGGCCAUACCUGCCACCCAUUCACAUUUGGUCGUUCACUCACAAAUAAGCAGACCAGCCAUACUGCCAGUCACUUGCACACAUACACCAGCCAUACUGCCCCUCACUCAUUUCUGUCUUUUACACACACACACACACACAGACACACACAGACACACACAGACACACACAGACACACACAGACACACACA